CCAGUGUUCACCGGACAGACAGACACCAUGAGACUGCUCGCUCUGAUACUGCUGGUUGGAGCUGCUGUGGCAGUGCCCCGUGAGGAUGGUAAGAUCAUUGGUGGCCAGGAGUGUGAACCUCACUCCCGACCCUGGAUGGCCUCCCUCAACUACGGGUACCACUUCUGCGGAGCCGUGCUCAUCAACGAGCAGUGGGUGCUCUCUGUCGCUCACUGCUGGUACAACCCCUACGCUAUGCAGAUCAUGCUUGGAGAGCACAACCUGCGUGUGUUUGAGGGAACUGAGCAGCUCAUGAAGACUCAAAACAUCAUCUGGCAUCCCAGCUAUGACUACCAGACGCUGGACUAUGACAUGAUGCUGAUCAAGCUGUUCCACCCUGUGGAGAUCACUGAUUAUGUGAAGCCCAUCCCGUUGCCCACAGGCUGCCCAUACGCAGGCCUCCCCUGCUCCGUCUCUGGCUGGGGCAACAUCGCCACCGGAGAGGAGGUAAACAUGCCCGCCCGUCUGCAGUGUCUGGACGUGCCCAUACUGGAGGAUGAGAAGUGUGAGAUGGCCUACCCUGGCAUGCUCACCCGCAGGAUGGUGUGUGCUGGAUACAUGGAUGGAGGCAGAGACGUAUGCAACGUACUCAUUUAG